AUGGUUCUACUAAUGGCCCACGAACAGUUAGGACCGGAUCCAGUGCGAUUGCCCACCAGGUUUGGCCUAACCGAACUGUGCCAAACCCUUAUGCCCGUGCUAGAGACCCGGCAAUCUUCAUGCGACACGUUCCUACUAUUGGAACCGGAAGACAAUUCUGACAUCUGGCUUUCCCCAACCAAUGUUUCCUUCACUUCGGUUGCACCUAAGGACCGGCCGCGAUAUGUUUGUCGCCAUCUGUCAACGGAAGAACUCACGAAAGCUUCAAAUUUUGGUGUGCAGUUGGAUGUUGAUGCUAACUCCCUCUUUAAGUGUCUCCAGCGCAUUUUGUCAACGCGCAAGCCCCCUGUGGACGCUAACUGA